CCGCCGUGUGCCGCCACAUUAUCUGGCUGUGGGAUCACUGUCGGACUGUGCGCACAUUCACUUGAAGUCUAGUGUGUUUUGGUGAUAUUUCAGAGUGUAAACAUGGCGCAGAUCAACACCUGCCUCAAACGGACCUUCACCAUCUUCAACAUCCUCUUUGCGAUUGUCGGUGGUCUUAUCAUUUUGGUCGCUCUACUGGCUCAGGUCUUCACCAACCUUCAUGGAGGAGAAGAUAUGGUGGAUCGCACCGUCGCCCUCAUUCUCCUCUAUGUUGUGGGCAUCAUCACCAUGGCGAUCGCCAUCCUCGGAGCCUACGGAGCCCACAAAGAGAGCAAAGGGGCUCUGAUAGCAUUCCUCGUCUGUAUGGUCAUUGGAAGUCUGAUGAUGCUUCGAGCUGGAGUCACCAACGCCAUUGCCCGACCCAAUGUGGAAACUGUGUUGGAUGAGAAGUUCCGACACCUUCUACCUCUGGACCAACAAACAGAGGACAAAAAGGAAUUGAUGGACAUCAUGCAGACCAAGCUGCACUGCUGUGGUCUUUACAGCUACAAGGACUGGGAGGGCAACAUCCCUGACUCAUGUCUGUGUGCUGAGGAGGAGGAAGAGGAGACAUGCCAGGUCAUCAACCACAAACAUCACCAGCUGCAGAAGUCUAUCUACAGUAAGCCUUGCUUCCCCAUCUUGCUUCACUACGUUACACUGUUUGUUGACAUCAUGAUUGGCAUCGCCUUCACUCUGGGUCCUCUGGCACUGCUGGGCAUGGCUCUGUCCUCCAUCAUGAUCCACCAGCUGCGUUACCCCAACAGACCCACCGUGCUGGUUGUGCCCGCCGUCUUCACCCCGCAGCCUCCAAAAUACCAGGAGCUGCACAAUCCUCCUGCAUACUAAGUCUGCUGCAGGCAUGAUGAUCGCCCCUCUUUUUCUUCUGACAAGGGUUAACCUGAUGCACAGGUUCGGGAAACAGUUGUUUGUGGUGUAUCUAUGUUUUUCUUUGAAUUGGAGGCAAUAUUCUGGAUUGACUUUGAGAGUCACCUUUGAGAUCUGCAAUGUUUGAGAAAACAGUCUGACAUUGUCAUUCAUGUUUUUCUCUGAGCGCACCUCAAGGAGGCUAUUGAUGUUUCCAUAGUAACAAUGCAUGACUCUGAUAAUUGUAAAGCUGUUCUGAUGAACCAGAUGAUGAGCUCAUUGUUUCAUGUCUCUCAUAGCAUCUUUAAGGAAUGAAAAGUUAAGAUGUGCGUCAUGCAGAAUAGCCCCUAUGACUGUUAGAAUAUGUUACUGUACAGUUAUUGAUUAGCAUUGACAUGCAAGCAGCACUUUUGCUGCAGUUGGAUGUAGAGCUGCUGUCUCUUUAGUUCCUAACUAUAAUAAAGCAACGCAUUUCUAAACUGAACAUGUAAAGUGUGUAAAAUUUUAAAAUGUGCAAAGAAAAUAAAUAUCAGAUGAAUGUAACAAAAUUGACUUAAAGGUAGAAAUGGCAUUAAAUGUUACUGGUAUAGCAACAUGGCAACAUAGAUUUGUACCGUAAGAAAUAUAUUCAUUUGUUGUAAAACCAAGGGGUGAACAAGUGGAAAUGUCUUUUUGCAAUUUCCAAAUGAUAAGCAAUUCAGUUUGCCAGCAAACUAUUCCUGUUUUCCAGAUAAACUACUUGCGUCUCAAACAAUGGUCCCUUUUUCCCAAAAGGAACUUAAACGCCUAAAUGUUUUUGUGCAGAAAUUACACUGAAUGAAUACUGAAACAAAGUUGUUAUACUACAGAACUGUGUAUGAAAGGAAUUGCACUAUAAUAAAAGCAAUUAUUUACACUCUGCUUUUUAUA